GUUAGAUUUUGAGAAACAAUAGGGAACGAUAUAUAGUAAAUAAAAAGGUAUCCUCCCUACUAAACGCAGAGAUUUUGACUGUUAAAGAACGCAACCGUUUCGACCAGAGUGGGUAUCGACAGUGUAACAACCUCGGCUCUGCAGAAUUCAGACAUGGAAGAAACUGCAUCUGAACCCCAUCAACCCGAUGAACAUAAUCAGAUGAUGUGCCUGACCCACCUUCCACAUGUGUGCUUGGUGCAGAUAUUGUCGUAUCUGGACCUUCCCGAUAGACUGAAUGCUGCAUGUACAUCAAGCAUAUUGCAUGACAUGUUCAGUCAUCCAUCACUUUGGCAUAAAGUUGGGAUUCUAAUCUGUGGAAAUUCCGAUUAUAAUAGUAGUAGCUGUACAACCCUUGCAUUAAGAAAUAAAGCAAUGAUCGAAAAGUUUGGAGAAUUCUUCAGAGAUUUAAGACUGGUGUAUCACGGCGAAGUCAAUCAUCUCUA